GCAUCUUUCCUGAGAAACAUGGACAUACAUUCACUGCACUAAUCGCUUUAUUAUAUAUAAUUAUACUUAUUAAUCGCAUACUUACGCGCGUUACCGAUUUGGGAGAGUGGAAAAAAUAUGCAUUUAUCGAACCCUGCGGACAAUCUACAAGAGUCCAAUGAACAAGACAUUGAUUUUACGUCUUUGCCGUUAAACGAAGCCUUGCAAAGACGCCGGGAAGAAUGCGAACGAAAAGCCAGAAGAGGGGAAAUGGACUCCAGACUGGAGUUCACUUUCCAAUUACUAAUCGAUCAUACGGGUCUUUCAAGGAACUCCGUCAUGGACUACGUGUUCGAAUCCAACAUGUUGGAUCAAAUCAACGAGCUGUUCUUGCCCCACGGCAGGUCCAAACUCAUGUGGUUCUAUCAAGACGUAGAAGUCGAGGAUUCGGACUCGUUCGAAAUGAUUCAAGUGAAGCCAUCGAAUAGCAACAGAAGUAUUCAACGGCGGCCCAGCCUGGUGUCGAAGCCGAAGAAAAAGAAAUUGUUUCUCACGGACGGAUGGGAGGUGGGACUGACCGGCAUCUGUAUUUACAUUAUCCGCCUGAGCACCGCCAAGCAGUUACCAGAGGAAGGAUUUCACAAAGAUCUUAUCUGCGGCACUUUAGACGCAGAGAAGAAAGGCUUGGUCAAGAGCAUAGCCAGAACGAUUGAAUACGUGUUCAUACCGGCGUUAGCUAUUCCGCAGACGGGUGACGAGCCGUCAGAAGAUCAACCGGACUGUCCAUUGAUAAAGAGUCAACUGCUGCCGGAACUGAGAUCCUUUUGCAGUUGUUUGAAAGUAUGUGAAGAAGUAUGUGACCAACCAAAUAUUUUUGCUGAUGAAAUGAGUUUGCUAUCAAAAGUACCUUCAUAUAAGGAAGCCAAACAACUUGCUACAAACAGAGAUGAAAUAUUGAUUUUAGAGAAAAGAGUAACAAACUGGAUAAGAAAGAUACGAGAAAUUUUACUAGAAGACGAAAAAUUGCAGUACGAAAGUGAUACUAGUGGACCUCAAGACGAGUUGGAGUAUUGGAAAAAACGUGGAGCCCAAUUUUCACAAAUCGCUGCUAAUCUCAGUUGGGACGAAGUAAUAAUGACUAUUUGUUGUUUACAACUCUCCCGUUCUCGAAUGGUUGACCGGUGGAGACGAACAGACAACCACCUGACAUUAUGCUAUAAUGAAGCAAAAGACAACUCUAAAUAUAUUCAGGCGCUGGAAAAAUGUUGUCAUUCGCUAUACCUUGAUAAUCCAGUUAAGAUGAGAAACUCGUUAGUUCGAAUGCUUCAAACUGUUCGUCUUAUUCACGACGUGUCGAUGUUUUACAACACAACUGAAAAAAUAUCAUCACUUAUGGUCAAAAUCACUAAUCAAAUGAUCGAAAGCUGUAAGCUUCACAUUACAAAUCGAAACAAAGACACAAUAUGGUCUCAAGAUAGAUCAGUCCUUACAACAAAACUGAACGAAUGUAUUACAUUAAACAAAUUAUACCAUAAUACUUACGAAAGGGUGAAAUAUCACCAUGGUGCUGGCAGGCAGUUCAGUUUUUCUGAAAACUACGUGUUCGGUAAAUUUGAUGCAUUUUGUGAUAGACUAAUCAAAGUCUUAACAGUUUUUGAUACAGUCGAUGAUUAUAACGGAUUAUUUGAACGGAGAAUGGAAGGUUUACUAUUUGGAGAAGCAUUAGACAAUGCUGUGCGAACAUUUGAUGAAGCUAAGUUAGUGGUGAUGAACAAAGGAUAUGAUUAUUUAGACCAGAAAAACAGAGAAUUUGAUCAUGAUUAUGUAACGUUUUUCGUUAUGGUCCAAACGUUAAAAGAUGAUUUAGCGCAUACAAUAGAGACCAAUUUUAGUUCUGUUUGGGAAACAGGUCAAGGAAUAAAAUUCUUGGAUAAAUUUGAAAAAAUUGCUACAAAAAUACCAGUUACCCGAAUGGAUUUAAAAUAUAGUAGAGUAUUGAAAUAUUGUGAAGGUCAAAUAGAUAGAACAUUAAAAUUAUUUAAAAAACGAAAGGGAAAUCCUCCAGUUCCUAGAAAUUUCCCACCACUAUCUGGUCGUAUUGUCUGGGUGAGAUCAUUACGACAGCGAUUAAGUUAUUUAAUGGAAGAAGCAACCGAUCAUCCAGUAUUAAAAGUUAUGCCGGAAAUGACAGAUGUACAAAAAAAAUUUUCUGCUAUGUCUGUAGCUUUGCUUAACUACGAGGAAGAGAUUAAAAGUAUUUGGAUGAAUCACAAUGUUAAAGUGAUAGAAUAUUGUUUGGUUCAACCGAUAUUAAAAUUUAAAAAUACAACUAAUAUGGUUUAUGUGAACUUCGAUCCUAGAUUGAGCUUACUUAUUUUAGAGUCUAGUUGUAUGCUAAAAAUGGAACUACAAGUACCAAUUGUUACAAAAGCAUUAUUUUUUAAAAAAGAUCAUUUUACACUUGUGUGUGAUACACUGCAAUGUAUGCUAAACAAAAUGAGAAAAGUGGCAAGCAGCAUCAAUUUAGAUGUCAGACCACUAUUCGUCACUCAAUUAGUAUGGCUCUUGGAUCUUUUAACUCCUGGAUUACAAAAAAUUGAUUGGACGGAUUCAGAGUGGAAGAGUUUUGUUGAAAAAACAAAUUGUGCGAUAGACAAAUUUCAAGUUUUAGUUGUCAGAAUACACGACGUUUAUAAUAAUAGAAUACUUCAGGUGCUCUCUUCAAUGCAACUAAUUACCCUUCAUACUUUUCCUGAAGAUGGAUCGACUUGGACUGCUGAAGAAUUUUUGGAUAAAAUUGACGAAACGUGUCGACAGGCUUCAAUGGAAUUAAAUCAAAAGAGCACUUUAGUAGAAGAGGCAGUCGAAGAAGUUUUAACUCUGGUUCAAAAAGCAAAUGAAAGUGUUACAAUACCAAAACUAGAACACGAAAUUAGUGAUAAAGAUAAAAAUGAUGGAGAUAUUACCAAACAAGAAGGAAAACCAAGUGAAGCUCAACCUGACUGGAGUACUGUGUGCGAGUUUUUCGACAACCCGUUUGUUUUAGCAGCAUAUGAGUUACCACCAACAGUGUAUACUCUUGCUAAUAGUGCUGUUAAGGAAAUGAGGCGUUAUUACAGUCGAAAAGUAAUCGAUGUACUUAUUAAAAUAACAAGACUGUCGAUUGAUGCUUUAAGGAAAAAAUUCUCUCAAGAACAAGGGGAAAAUCCAAUUUUCGAAGUGCAAGCAAUUCUUAUGGUCCCGUCAAUAGUUAUAAGACCGGACAUAAAUGAAUUACAAGAUAUAAUGGUUCAAGCUGGAAAAUUGAUGGUAGGGGUUUCAAGAGGGGUCGGACAAUGGUCUGGUAAUAAGAAAACAAAGGUGUUAGCAGAAAAACAUUGGAAACAGCUAAAGAAAGAUUGCAGCGAGCGUAGAGAAAAAUUUUUUUCUAAAGUUGUUAUUUCUGAUAUGGAACAGAGCGUACCAGCCACUGUGCCCACCAUAGAUGAUGCAAGAGCGAAGCGUCGCAGGUUAUACAAAUUGACAAGCGAGAAGAAACCUCCGUUUCCUGUUAUGCAUAGAAAUUUUUAUUCUCACGUUACCGAAAAUAAAGAAAUCAUUAAAGCACUUUCGUUACUCUCUACUUGUGUCCAACCAUUGAAGCCAAUGCUGUUUGAGUUUUUAAGUCUUUGGACGCCAUACAAAAUAUUGUGGAACAAUGAUCUAUCAGAAAGACGAGAUUUGUCAACAGUUUCACUGUUAGAUUCGGAAGCAUAUCUUCAAAAGCAUCAUGAACUUUUGGAAAGUUUGAAAAUGAAACCGGAUAUAUAUGAAUUUGGAUCUUGUGUUAUAGUAUCUGUUGAGAAAUUAAAAUACGGUCUAACCAUUGAGGUGAAGUCAUGCAAUCGUCGAAUUGGUCAAUUGUUACGGAAAAAAUACCACCGUGAAAUGGAUUACGUGUACGCUGUAAUGAAUGAAAUGGAAAGAAAAUUGGAGCGCUCUAUUAGAGAUCUAGAUGACAUUAGAAUGGUUAUAGAAACAUUAAAAAAAAUUAGAGAAAACGAAGUUGAUAUGGAACUUAAAAUAGAACCUAUUGAGGAAGCCUUUAACGUUCUUACACGUUAUGAUCUACCUGUAGAUAGAGAAGAUUUAGAGUUAGUUGAUAAUGUAAGGUAUUGUUGGCAAAGAGUGUUGAGCCGAGCCAUGGAUAUGAAUAUUUAUUUGUUGGAAUCCCAACCCCAACUGCAAAAAGAAUUAGCUGACAAUUUAAAACAUUUUAAACUGGACUGUGUACAGUAUUGCCACGAGUAUAGAACUUUGGGACCAAUGAUGCCUGGUCUUACACCCAGAGAAGCAUCAGAUCGGUUAAUUAUGUUUCAAAAUCGAUUCGAUGGCAUGUGGCGUCGUCUACAAUCAUAUCAAAGCGGAGAAGAAUUGUUUGGUUUAGAAACUACCGAAUACCCAGAGCUCGUUCAAAUACGUAAAGAAUUGAACCUUCUUCAAAAGUUAUAUAAACUUUAUAACGAUGUGAUCGACCGAGUUAGCAGUUAUUACGAUAUUCCAUGGGGAGACGUCAACAUAGAGCAGAUAAACAAUGAAUUGAUGGAGUUCCAAAACAGAUGUCGGAAACUACCUAAAGGAUUGAAAGAAUGGCCAGCUUUCCAUGCAUUAAAGCGAACUAUUGAUGAUUUUAACGAUAUGUGUCCAUUGUUAGAACUUAUGGCAAAUAAAGCAAUGAAACAAAGACAUUGGCAAAGAAUUAUGCAGAUCACUAGUUACAACUUUGAAUUAGAAAGCGAAGGAUUUUGCUUGAAAAAUAUUUUAGAAGCACCUCUACUGAAACACAAAGAAGACAUUGAAGAUAUUUGCAUAUCUGCUAUGAAAGAAAAAGAUAUUGAAGCUAAACUAAGGCAAGUCACCAAUGAAUGGUCUGUACAGGAAUUAACAUUUUUAACGUUCAAUAACCGGGGAGAGUUAUUACUUCGAGGUGAUACAACAGCAGAGACUAUCGGUCAAUUGGAAGACAGUUUAAUGAUUUUGGGAUCAUUGAUGUCUAAUAGGUAUAAUGCACCUUUUCGAAAACAAAUACAACAAUGGGUUUACGAUUUAUCUAAUACCAAUGAAAUUUUGGAGCGUUGGUUAUUAGUUCAAAAUAUGUGGGUGUAUUUAGAAGCGGUAUUUGUUGGAGGUGAUAUAGCAAAACAAUUACCCAAAGAAGCAAAAAGGUUUAGUAAAAUUGACAAAUCGUGGCAAAAAAUAAUGCAACGAGCACAUGAAACUCCAAGUGUGGUAAUUUGUUGUGUUGGAGAUGAUAUGCUCAAACAGCUUUUACCACAUCUACAAGAACAAUUGGAGUUGUGUCAAAAAUCAUUAAGCGGUUACUUGGAAAGAAAAAGAACUAUGUUUCCUAGAUUUUUUUUUGUUUCGGAUCCUGCUCUAUUGGAGAUUUUAGGGCAAGCUUCAGAUUCACACACGAUUCAAAAUCAUUUACUUUCAAUAUUUGAUAAUACAAAGGCAGUGAAAUUCCAUGAAAUUGAGUAUAAUAAAAUGACUGCCAUUAUUUCUACGGAAGGUGAAUUCAUACCACUCGAGAGAGCCGUAAGAGCUGAAGGCAGCGUGGAAACUUGGUUAACUAGUUUAUUGCAGACAUCUCAGCAAACUAUUCAUUCAAUUAUUCGAUCAGCGAAUCACCAAAUAAACGAUAAUAAUUUUACUCUAUUGCCGUUUUUGGAAAAGAUGGCCGCUCAGAUUGGAAUACUAGGAAUUCAAAUGAUUUGGACCAGAGAUUCCGAAGUAGCAUUAAUUCAUGCUAGAACGGACAGAAAACAGAUGCAUGAUACCAACAAUCGAUUUUUAGAACUUUUAAACACAUUGAUCGACCAAACAACUAGAGAUUUGACGCGCAUCGAAAGAAUAAAGUUUGAAACGUUGAUUACAAUACAUGUUCAUCAAAGAGAUAUUUUUGAUAUUUUGUGUCGACUCAAUGUGCGUUCUGUCAAUGAUUUUGAAUGGCUAAAACAAUGUAGAUUUUAUUUUAAAGAGGAUUUGGAUAAAACUUGGAUUUCUAUUACAGACGUUAAUUUUAAUUAUCAAAAUGAGUAUCUAGGGUGUACAGAACGUCUAGUUAUUACACCACUUACAGACAGGUGUUAUAUAACACUCGCUCAAGCAUUGGCAAUGAGUAUGGGUAGCUCACCAUGUGGACCCGCUGGCACGGGAAAAACUGAAACGGUAAAAGAUAUGGCGAAAACCUUGGCCAAGUAUGUGGUCGUUUUCAAUUGUUCCGAUCAAAUGGAUUAUAGAGGAUUGGGAAGAAUUUACAAAGGCCUAGCUCAAUCAGGAACAUGGGGCUGUUUUGACGAGUUCAAUCGUAUUGAACUUCCUGUAUUAUCAGUAGCAGCACAACAAAUAGCGGUUGUAUUGUCAGCAAAAAAAGAGAAGAAAAAACAGUUUACGUUUACGGAUGGUGAUAUAAUAGAUCUCUGUCCUGAAUUUGGCAUUUUUAUUACAAUGAACCCAGGUUACGCUGGCCGUAAAGAAUUACCAGAAAAUUUAAAAAUUCAAUUCCGCACAGUAGCAAUGAUGGUUCCAGAUAGACAAAUUAUUAUUAGGGUCAAAUUAGCUAGUUGUGGAUUUUUAGAAAACAUAACACUAGCUCGAAAGUUCUAUACUUUAUACAAACUAUGCGAAGAACAAUUGACAAAACAAGUCCAUUACGACUUUGGUCUGCGAAACAUUUUGUCAGUAUUAAGAACUUUAGGUGCCGCUAAACGUGUUAAUAGUAAAGAUUCGGAAAGCACAAUCGUUAUGAGAGUAUUGCGAGAUAUGAAUUUAUCAAAAUUAAUUGAUGAGGAUGAACCACUAUUUCUUUCGCUAGUCACUGAUUUAUUUCCUAAUCAAGUAUUAGAGAAAACAGCAUACCCUGAGUUGGAAGAGGCAAUCGCAAGUCAAGUGGAGGAAGAAGGUUUAAUAUAUCACUCACCAUGGGUUCUGAAAUUAAUACAAUUGUAUGAAACACAACGCGUUAGACAUGGUAUAAUGACGCUUGGACCAACUGGAUCUGGAAAAACCUGUUGCAUCCAAAUUCUAAUGAAAGCUUUAACUAUUUGUGGUGAAAGCCAUAGGGAAAUGAGAAUGAAUCCUAAAGCGAUUACUGCAGCACAGAUGUUCGGUCGUCUUGAUGUGGCUACUAAUGACUGGACAGAUGGAAUAUUUUCAGCCUUGUGGAGAAAAACACUCAAAUUAAAAAAAGGAGAAAAUGUGUGGCUGGUUCUCGACGGACCGGUGGACAGCAUUUGGAUAGAAAAUUUAAACUCCGUGCUGGACGAUAACAAAACAUUAACAUUAGCUAAUGGUGACCGUCUUCCAAUGGCGCCGUGUUGUAAAAUCAUAUUUGAACCGCAUAACAUCGAUAACGCUUCUCCGGCUACUGUAUCGCGUAACGGAAUGGUGUAUAUGAGUUCGUCUGGGUUGGAUUGGUGUCCUGUCUUGGCAGCUUGGUUGAAAAAAAGAAAUAAGCGAGAAUCGAAAUUAUUUAAACGGUUAUUUGAGAUGACGUUUUCAACAAUUUAUACUUGGGCAUCACAAAAUUUAAAUAUGACAAUGAAAGUCUUACAAUGCAAUACUAUUCAACAGAUGUUAGUCUUGUUACAAGGAUUGAUUCCAAAGAAACCAGACGAAGAAGACGGCAGAGAAGAAGAAGAAAUUGAAGACGAUGAUACACAUUCCUCCGAAGAAGGGGAUGGAACAGAAAACUACUAUCUCCAACCAGACAAUUUGCUACCAAGUAAAAUACAUUUACAACGCUUGUAUAUGUUUUCAUUGGUGUGGGGAUUAGGAGCUUUAUUGGAAACAAUGGAUAGACAUAAAUUUCACAGCUAUAUAAACGAUAAUUUUGCUUCAAUUAUUGAUUUACCCAAAUUAAAUGACCAACCCGAUGCCACAGUAUUUGAUUUCUUCGUUACUGAUGAAGGAAAAUGGGAACAUUGGAACGUUGCGAUGGCAUCUGCCACUCAAACAGAAUCGUCUAGCUCUGAUUACAGUCAAGUUCUGGUGCCUAUUUUAGAAAGCGUUCGUAUCACGUAUUUAAUAAACAUCAUAGCUACACAAGAACAUCCGGUUUUGUUGAUUGGAGAACAGGGAUCGGGCAAAACCGUUAUGAUGAAAUCUUAUAUGCGAUCCGCUAAACCAGAACUUUAUUUAAGCAGAUCAUUCAAUUUUUCUUCUGCAACGAGCCCGUUUCAAUUUCAAAAAACUAUUGAAAGUUACGUAGAAAAAAGAUUAGGAAACACAUUUGGACCACCGGGAGGUCUUAAGAUGACCGUUUUUAUUGAUGACAUUAAUUUACCAGAAGUUAAUGAAUGGGGUGAUCAAAUUACAAAUGAAAUCGUUCGCCAAACAAUGGAUAUGAAAGGAUUUUAUAGUUUAGAAAAACCUGGUGAAUUUUCUACUUUGAGUGAUAUACUUUUUGUUGGCGCUAUGGUACAUCCAGGCGGCGGACGAAAUGAUAUACCAUCAAGGUUAAAACGACAGUUCUGUAUAUUCAACUGUACAAUGCCAUCAGAUGCCUCUAUUGAUAAAAUCUUUCGAGUAGUUGGUGAAACGCACUAUAAUGCUAAACGAGGGUUUUCAGUGGAAAUACGAAAUUUGGUGAAGAAAUUAACACCAAUAACCAGAGAACUUUGGCAUCUGACAAGGAUGAAUUUAUUACCCACUCCAGCCAAAUUCCACUAUGUAUUCAGCUUAAGAGAUUUAUCUCGUAUUUGGCAAGGCAUGGUUGGAACGUUGAGUACUGUUAUUGAUUCUUCAAAAACAUUAGUGAUGCUAUGGAGACAUGAGACUACCAGGGUAUUUUCGGAUAGAUUUACAUCAUUAAAUGAUAAGAGUUGGUUUGAUAAAGAACUUAGAAACGUUGUGGAGACAAGAUUGGGCACUCAGUAUAUAAGCAUGUUGGAUGUAGAUCCUCCGUUUGUCGAUUUCAUGAGAGAUGCACCAGAGCCAACCGGAGAAGAAGGUGAAGAAGCUGACAUGGAACUUCCCAAAGUUUAUGAACCUGUCUUGGAAGAAUCUCAACUCAGGGAAAGAUUGGAAAUGUUUUUGUCUCAAUUUAAUGAAAUGGUUCGAGGUGUUGGAAUGGACCUCGUAUUUUUUCCAGAUGCUAUUCUGCAUCUGGUUAAAAUAUCAAGAGUUAUACGACAUCCUCGUGGAAACGUGAUGCUAGUAGGCGUCGGAGGUUCUGGAAAACAGUCAUUGACUAGACUGGCUUCUUUUAUAGCUGGCUAUAAGACGUUUCAAAUAGCAUUAACUAGGUCCUAUAAUAUAACAAACUUCUUGGAAGAUCUUAAACUAUUAUAUAGAACAUGUGGUGUUCAAGCAAAAGGCACCACAUUCAUUUUUACUGAUUUAGAUAUUAAAGAAGAAGGUUUUCUGGAGUAUUUGAAUAAUAUUCUAUCGUCUGGUGGGAUAACCAAUCUGUUUACAAAAGAUGAACAAUCUGAAAUAAUAUCGGAAUUAACACCUAUAAUGAAACGGGAAAAUUCAAAGAGAACAUUAAACCAUGAAAUUAUAAUGGAUUACUUUUUAACGAGAACAUGUCAAAAUCUUCACGUUGUGUUUUGUUUUUCACCAGUUGGAGAAAAGUUCCGAAAUCGUGCACUUAGGUUCCCAGCAUUAGUAUCUGGGUGUACUAUAGACUGGUUCCAACCAUGGCCCAAAGAUGCUCUUAUUCAAGUAGCUGAACAUUUUCUGGUUGAUUUCGAUAUUGAGUGCACGGUUGAAGUGAAACAAGAACUAGUUGGUGCGAUGGGUACGAUUCAAGAUAUCGUAGAUCAUACGUCCAGUGAUUAUUAUCAAAGGUUCCGUCGGGCUACACAUGUCACACCAAAAUCGUAUUUGAAUUUUAUCGGUGGAUACAAAAGUAUAUAUCAUCAAAAACAAAAAGAAUUGGGCGAAGGAGCUCACCGAAUGGACACUGGUCUGGCAAAACUGGAAGAAGCUUCUAUUUCCGUAGAGCUACUUAAGAAAGACUUGGAUGUCAUGGAACAAGAUUUAGCAUAUGCUUCACAAAAAGCAGAAACCGUGUUGGUCGAAGUAACUGACCGUGCAAGGCAAGCAGAAAUUGUGAAAAAUCAAGUGAUGAAAGUAAAAGUAAAAGCAGAAGCUUUAGUUGAGUCAAUAGCAAAAGAAAAAGCAAUCGCUGAAGAAAAACUGGAAGCAGCUCGGCCAGCACUAGAAGAAGCUGAAUCAGCAUUGAACACCAUAAAACCUGCACACAUAGCGACUGUUCGUAAACUUGGAAGACCUCCGCAUCUUAUUAUGCGUAUUAUGGAUUGUGUGUUGAUAUUAUUUAAACGAAAGUUGCAUCCGGUCAUAAGUGAUACAACCGUGAGAUGUCCUAAGCCAUCUUGGCCAGAAUCCUUAAAGAUGAUGGCAAGUACAACGUUUUUACUUCAGCUACAAAACUAUCCAAAAGAUACAAUCACUAGUGAGAUGGUAGAACUAUUGCAACUUUACUUCAACAUGGAGGAUUAUAAUAUGGACACAGCAAAAAGAGUUUGUGGUGAUGUCGCUGGUUUAUUGUCAUGGACAAAAGCUAUGGCAUUCUUUCAUAGUAUAAAUAAAGAAGUGUUGCCACUCAAAGCCAAUUUAACCUUACAAGAAGCCAGACUUAGUAUUGCAAUGGACGAUUUGUCAAAAGCUGAACUUCAACUUCACGAAAGAGAAGUAGCAUUAAAUGAAGUUAAAAGCCAAUAUGAUGCUGCUGUCCAAGAAAAACAGAGGUUGACCGAUGCAGCAAAUGUAUGUCUAAGGAAAAUGACUUCGGCAACCGCAUUAAUUAAUGGUCUUGGUGGUGAAAAAAUAAGAUGGACUCAACAAAGUAAAGAAUUCAAAAAACAACUUGGACGACUUGUUGGUGACGUUUUGUUGGCCACAGGAUUUUUGUCUUAUUGUGGACCUUAUAAUCAAGAAUUUCGUUCAAAUUUAGUUCAGAGUUGGAUGAAUAUUUUAACAACUCAAAAAGUACCAUUUACAGCAAAGUUGAACAUAAUAAACAUGUUGGUUGAAAAUUCCAUGGUUUCCGAGUGGACAUUGCAAGGUCUUCCUAAUGACGAACUUUCAGUGCAAAAUGCAUUAAUAGUGACGAAAUCUAGUUCAUAUCCAUUGUUAAUCGAUCCUCAAAACCAAGGAAAGAUGUGGAUUAAAAACAAGGAAUCUUCUAAUGAACUACAGAUAACUUCUCUAAACCAUAAAUAUUUCAGAACUCAUUUAGAAGAUUGCUUAUCUUUGGGAAGACCAUUAUUAAUUGAAGAUGUUUGUGAAGAACUUGACCCAGUAAUUGAUAACGUGUUGGAAAAGAAUUUCAUUAAAUCUGGUUCAAUUGAAAAGGUAGUUGUUGGUGAUAAAGAAACGGACGUAAUGCCAGGUUUUGUCUUAUAUAUAACAACCAAACUGCCCAACCCCGCCUAUUCACCGGAGAUUAGUGCUAAAACGUCCAUUAUAGAUUUUACAGUCACAAUGCAAGGUCUUGAAGACCAACUUUUAGGUCGAGUUAUACUGAUGGAAAAAUCCGAUUUAGAAGCUGAACGUGUAGCCUUAUUCGAAUCUGUUAUACAAAACCAACGUUCAAUGAAAGAAUUUGAAAGCAAUCUGUUGCACAAGUUAUCGUCUAUUCAAGGUUCAUUGGUAGACGAUGAGGAUUUAAUUAGUGUGCUCCAAGAGACUAAGGCUACUGCAGAGGCUGUGAAUGCCAAACUUCAAGUUUCUGAACAGACCGAAAUAAAAAUUAUGAAGGCUAGAGAAGAGUUCCGUGCUGUUGCAGCUCGUGGAUCCAUACUCUAUUUUUUAAUCGUUGAAAUGAGUAAUGUUAAUGUUAUGUACCAAAACUCACUGAAACAAUUUUUAAUGAUAUUCGACAACUCGAUUAACAAAUCAAUAAAAAGUGCGAUAACCGAAGAACGUAUUAUAAAUAUAUUACAAUAUCUGACUUAUGAGGUGUGGAUGUUUACAAUGAGAAGUUUAUACGAACGCCACAAGCCAUUGUUUACGUUGAUGUUGGCUAUGAAAAUUGAUUGCCAUAAAAAACGUAUUACCCACGAGGAGUUUAUGACAUUUAUCAAAGGUGGAGCAUCAUUAGAUUUGAAUGCAGUGGCUCCAAAACCAUUCCGAUGGGUAUUAGAUAUAACUUGGUUGAAUUUGGUUGAACUUAACAAGUUAUCAGUCUUUUCAAAUCUUUUAAACAAGAUUAAACAAAAUGAGAAAGAUUGGCGUAAUUGGUAUGAAAAAGAAAAGCCAGAGGAAGAAGAUAUACCUUGUGGAUAUAAUAAAUCUCUUGACGUUUUUCGUAAACUUUUACUUGUUAGGUCUUGGAGUCCUGAUCGCACGUUAUCACAGUCACGAAAAUACAUAAUGGAUUCAUUAGGGCCAGAGUAUGGAGAAGCGUGUAUUUUAGAUUUGGAAAAAACCUGGGAAGAAUCAGAACCUCAAACUCCACUUGUGUGUAUUCUAUCCAUAGGCUCUGAUCCAUCUCCACAGAUUACAGCUCUAGCUAAAUCUAAAGACAUCCAAAUACGCUCCGUAUCCAUGGGCCAAGGUCAAGAAAUACAUGCAAGAAACAUGAUAUCCGAUUGCAUAGCCAAUGGCGGUUGGGUACUUUUACAAAACAUGCAUUUAUCUUUACCGUUUUGUACAGAAGCCAUGGAUGCCCUGUCAGAUUCAGAAGAAAUACACAACACUUUUAGAAUGUGGAUAACCACUGAAGUGCAUCCUCAAUUUCCAAUAGCUUUACUUCAGAUGGCGAUUAAAUUUACAAAUGAACCUCCCCAAGGGAUUAGGGCCAGCAUGAAGAGGACGUAUCAAAACAUUAGUCAGGAUAUGCUCGAUUAUUCAGCUCAACCACAAUGGCCCAUUUUACUAUAUGCCGUAGGAUUUCUUCACACAAUCGUACAGGAAAGACGGAAAUUCGGACCGUUGGGAUGGAACAUACCGUACGAGUUCAAUCAAGCCGAUUUUGCUGCUAGCGUGCAGUUCAUACAAAAUCACUUGGACGAUAUGGACCCCAAAAAAGGUGUUUCUUGGCCGACUAUAUGUUACAUGUUGGGCGAAGUGCAGUACGGCGGAAGGGUGACUGAUGAUUUCGACAAAAGACUUUUGAUCACAUUUACUCAAGUUUGGUUUUGUGAUGUAUUACUGAGGCCAGGGUUUGAGUUUUACAGAAAUUAUAAGGUACCUGUACAUCGAAAUAUACAAGGGUGUAUCGAUUAUAUAAACAGUUUGCCAGUAACUGACUCACCAGAAGUGUUUGGGCUUCAUUCGAAUGCAGAUAUCACACAUCAAAUAAACACCGCAAAGGGAAUACUGGACACUAUUUUGAGCGUUCAACCCAAACAGGGUGGAAGUCAAGGAGGCGAGACUAGAGAAAGUGUCGUUUAUCAUUUAGCCGAUGACAUGUUAAAAAAGUUACCAAAGCAGUACAAAGACUUCGAGGUGAAAGAAUCACUGCAAAGAAUGGGCGCCCUGUUGCCCAUGAACAUAUUCUUACGGCAAGAAAUCGACCGGAUAAAAAAAGUGAUCGGAAUUGUCCAGAAGACGCUGUGUGAUCUGAAGUUGGCCAUCGACGGUACGAUCGUGAUGAGCCAAGGUUUAAGGGAGAGUCUGGACGCAAUGUACGAUGCGAGGAUACCGCAGAAAUGGCAGAAAGUGUCUUGGGAGUCAGCCACACUUGGGUUUUGGUUCACCGAGUUGUUGGAACGAGACAAUCAAUUUAGAAAAUGGAUAAACAACGGUCGGCCGAACGUGUUUUGGAUGACAGGUUUCUUCAAUCCCCAAGGAUUUCUGACCGCCAUGAGACAGGAGGUAACUCGAGCACAUCGAGGCUGGGCUUUGGACUCAGUGGUGCUUCAGAACUUGAUCACGCGCCAUAACAAAGAAGAGUUGAGUGACUCACCGCCGGAGGGUGUGUACGUGUGUGGCAUGUUCCUGGAGGGCGCAAGCUUGGACCGGAAAACAGGCAAGCUCGUGGAGAGCAAGCCAAAGGUACUAUACGAGCAGAUGCCGGUCAUCUACGUGUUCGCCAUCAACACUACCGCAGGCAAGGAUCCGAAACUCUACGAAUGUCCCAUAUACAGGAAACCGCAGAGGACGGAUCUGAAGUACGUGGGCUCGAUCGAUUUCGAGACGGACAACAAUCCGAGACAUUGGACGCUUAGAGGUGUCGCCCUGUUGUGCGAUAUAAAAUAAUGUCGUGGGUCACGCGCGUGAAACUGUGUUUUUUUCGAUCGAUCCAGUGAAGAGAGACGUUAUUGCAUGUCGAUAAUGUGCAGGUUUAAUAAUAAUAAUGAUUAUAGCAGCACAUCCCGCAUACGCACACGAUCUACGUCAUACCAAUAGCUACUAUCACAUUCAAUGGAGUCUCACUGUUCUGCAUCCGUAUAGUCCGUAUAGCAUCGUCGAGCUUGGUUUUAUACCGACAGUACAAUGUGACAUAUAUAUCUAGAUAAUAACAAAUACUAUAAUAAUACACAAAUACGUUCGAUGUUGGUAAAUUCCGUCCGUGGCUGAUAAAGACAUGCAGUAAUGACUAAUAACAGUUAAAAAAUUAAAACACUGGUAUAUUAUGAAUGUUUUUGAUACUGAAAGUCGUUAAUCUAUUAAUCUUUUUACGUACAUUUUCGCAAUAUUCGUUUCGAAAAAUGCUCUCCGAAGGUUCAAUGAAUGUUUAAUAAAUCCAGAUGUGUAUAUUUUUCUUAUAUUCUUACACUCGUGAAAAUCUUGAAUUUUUGAUUUUUUGAAUAGUAUUAUUUUGAUAUCGAUACAUUAAUACACUACAAUACUUAUUUCUAGAUACUUCAUUUACCAUUUUAUCAAGUUCCAUUUCCAUGUUAAAUGUUGAGAGGUAUAGUUCCAAAUCCAAAAAUUAAACAAAUUCAAUAGAAACUUUAAUAUAAAUCUGAAAUCCGAAAGUUGUUACGAAAAUUAUACUAUCCAUAAUAUAAACAUUAUAAUAACAUACUAACAUACUAAAAUAACAUACUAACAAACUUAACAUACUAAGAGUGUAUAAUAUGUGAAUCAGUAAAUCUUGUAACGUUCCUUAAAAUAGCAUUAUAUAAUAUAAUAAAAAUUUGUCCAACGUAUUGAUCGCGUUUAGUAUUUUUCCCUCUUUCGAAUUUUCCAAUCGACAAUAAAACUCAAGCUAACGACUUUGGCCAAGUUCGAAAAGCCCAUCUAACCGACCCCACCAGUAUACAUAAUUACCUCGAUAUGCCAUUAUCGUUAAUGAAGUUUUUGGUUUGAAUAUUAAAAGUCCACGGACGGCUUGAAAAGUAUAAAUUGGAAUGUUAUAUACGUUUUUAACGGCAUCUAAAAACUUUUUUUUGUCUUAUGGAGUUUACGACGUCGAUGAGACUUUAUCACAUUAAUAUUAGUUCGCUUAAUUACGUAGCAUAAGAUUAAAGGAUUGAAAGUUUAUGGAUUGGCGGGUUUUGUAAAUGUAUUAAAAUAAAUGCAAAUUGCCCCGUAAGAACAUUGGAAGUGUAGAAACAUUAUUAAUAUUCCGAAAUCUUAAAUGACAACUUUUAUAUUAUCUUUAUUUUUCAACACGAUCUCACCAAAUUUUUGAAGUCGUAGCUAAAACAUGUAUAAAUGAA